AUGCCUCGUGAAGUUUCCGACAUCAAGCAGUUCAUUGAGAUCUGCCGCCGCAAGGAUGCGUCCUCUGCCCGCAUCAAGCGCAACCGCCAGAGCCAGCAGGUCAAGUUCAAGGUCCGCUGCCACCGUCUCGUCUACUCCCUCACCCUGAAGGAGUCCGACAAGGCCGACAAGCUCAAGCAGAGCUUGCCCCCAGGUGCGUUUUAUCUCUCUCGAUAUGAAAGAUGUGGAUGAAGGAUGCGGGGGAGCUUCCGCGGGGAAAAUAAGAGAAUACGAUUGGACCGGGCCAGAACCUAUGCUGACUGGCAAUGCCUCCACAGCCCUCAAGGUUGAGGAUGUCACCAACGGUGGCGAGAAGAAGCAGUAAAUGCAUCGGACGG